AUGCCGUGGAGUGCUGUCGACCAUGCCAAGGUCCGCGGCACUACGCCUGUCUUCCGCAAGGACGACAGGAUCAAGUGCUUGCUGCGUGACGCCCUCGAUGCGGCGGCAGAUCCUUUGAGUAGCUACUUGGAGGAUUUGGACAACGAUCAUUUCGAGCAGCUAAUCGAUGCUUUCCGCCCACACGAAGUACCUCGGGAUGCUUACGUUAUCGUGCAGGGUCAUUACGUGGAGAAUGACAAGCCGGGACUGUUCGUGCUGGAGGAUGGCAGGCUGGAAGCUCUGAAGGCAGACAAGUACGAGGAGAGAGUUGUGCAAAGGUACACGGAGCCCGGCAGUAUCUUCGGUGAGCUUGCGGUCCUCCACCAGGCCCCGCGUGCGGCGACCGUGGUUGCAUUAUCCGAUGCGGUGAUUUGGUCUGUGAGCAGACAGACGGUCCACAACAUCACUUGCUCCUUCCAGGAAGCGAAGCGGAAGUACUACGAUCGAAAGUUGAUGUCGGUCGACGUGCUCCAGCCCUUGGACGACGAAGAGCGUCAACAGGUGAUCGAGUGCCUGAGGACUCGCUACUACGACCCUGGUCACAUCAUCAUCCGAGAGGGUGAAGAAGGACACGAGUUCUUCCUCUUGAUAGAGGGCACCGCGACUGUGUCGAAGAACGGCCGUGACCUCAAGACCUAUGAGCCCGGUGACUACUUCGGAGAGCUGGCGUUGAUGCAUGCGAGUCCUCGUGCGGCCACCGUGACGGCCACGGACUCCUGCACACUGGCGGUUCUUGCAGAAAAGGACUUCCGCAGGUUGCUCGGGCCCUUGGCCAGUUUUCACGAAAGUGAGGAGGGUCGAGCAUCUCGCUUGUCUCAAGCGCCCUCGCCGCAGGAAUCCUUUGAUGGUGCAGGUCGAGCAUUUCACCUGUCUCAUACUUCCUCUCCACGAAAAUCGUUUGAUGGAGCAGGCACAGGUCGACCAUCUCGCGUGGCUGCUACUUCCUCACCACGCCUAUCCUUUGACGGGGCAGGCACAGGUCGACCCUCUCGCUUGUCUCAAGCGCCCUCGCCGCGGGAAUCCCUUGAUGGGGCAGGUCGACCAUCUCGCUUGUCUCAUGCUUCCUCACCGCAGAAAUUCUUUGAUGUGGCAGGUGAACCGCGACGAGUUUCUCACAGCCGCAGCACCAUCGCAGGCUGGAGAUGCCGCGAAAGCUGCGUGGAGCGCCCAGCACAGCGCAACUCGUAUCCGGCUGCCAGACCGACAAGAAUGUCGCGCCGAUGA